GCCUGAUGGGGAGUGGCAGUGGGCGCCUCGCUUGACCAGGAGCACAGUGGACACCCUGCCGGAUCCAGAGGGCUGGAAGUCAGCCGCGGGUCUGUGCCAGCGGCAAACAGCAGUGGUGAACUGCGAGCGAGAGCUCAGCUCGACCAGGAGAGCGUGCAGUUGUAAGAUUUAAUAGAGUGAAAACAGAGCUCCCAUACAAAGGAGAGUGCUUCACAUCAUCCUGCCCGACCACCACUGAAGCAAGUAAUGGGCAGCCAUGGAAUAACUUUAAACAAUCUAUUGCGUCUGCAGACAUGGAUUUCAACCAGCUGGAAGCAUUCUUGACUGCUCAAACCAAAAAGCAAGGUGGGAUCACAUCUGACCAAGCUGCUGUCAUUUCCAAAUUCUGGAAGAGCCACAAGACAAAAAUCCGUGAGAGCCUCAUGAACCAGAGCCGCUGGAAUAGCGGGCUUCGGGGCCUGAGCUGGAGAGUUGAUGGCAAGUCUCAGUCAAGGCAUUCAGCUCAAAUACACACGCCUGUUGCCAUUAUAGAGCUGGAAUUAGGCAAAUAUGGACAGGAAUCUGAAUUUCUGUGUUUGGAAUUUGAUGAGGUCAAAGUCAACCAAAUUCUGAAGACACUGUCAGAGGUAGAAGAAAGUAUCAGCACACUGAUCAGCCAGCCUAACUGAAGAUGACGUAUGAAGGAGUUGGAGUUGUUGAAACCAAGGUGUUCAUGAUCCCUCCCUGCUGACCUUUUUUAAAAAAAUUCUUGUGCCUGCAUUGGUAUUAAAUCCUCGCAUUCAAUCUUC